UCUCCAGUGGACUUUCAUGCCAGAAAAGCUGAGCCCGUUCAGCCGUUUCUCUGUCGCCAGGACGAACCAGGGUCGUGCGACCUACGCGGAGGCGGCCAGCCAUUGUUCCAGCAUCGGUUACCACAUUGGAACACAGCGAGUGCUCUUCAGUUGGCGACACGAGCUCCGUAGUGUGUACGCCAGACUCGCAGAUGAACUGGACGGGCCUUUCUACAUGUCAAGCCCAACAGCUGGCCCAUAUAGCCUUAUCGUUUUAGAUAAAACGGGUUAUUUGGUGAGGUUUGGUGCUACCGAUACGAGCAGCACCCACCCAUUCUUCUGCGUUGUAUUGUGUGAUUUCGGAUUCGUGGACACAUCCGUGCCCAAUGCUCCCGUAUGCAGGUGUCUCCCGGGUUGGGUAGGCCAGCGUUGUGAAAAGCGUGCCUUUGGUAGUUACACGAAUAUGGACAGCAAGCAAAUCAGCGUUUGGGUGGCUCCAGACGCACGCUGUUCGCCGCAGGACAAGUCGCCCAGUGAAUGCGCCCUGCACAGUCGCCAUGGUUGGCAAGGUGCGCAGGCAGCCUGUGCCGCCUGGGCGAUGAGCAUCGCGUCGAAUCCGGCCGCCACCGUCACUGCGGGCGCAUUCAACAAGCUGGCCAGUGCUCUGCUCUUCCAAGGAUUUCACCAGUCCUUGUCUAUUUGGCUGAGCAAUGCCAAUGGUGGUAGGUCCUUGUACGAAAUCAACCGGAAGGAAGGAACCGCUAGAGUUACCGUAGCCAGUCUCCACGCCAACCCACCCUCCGAUGUCGUAUGUGGAUCCACGUGGAGGUUCACAACCAUCUGGUACGGCGGACGUCCGGCGAGCGCUCGCCUAGCGCUCAAGUCUGGAGCGGGCAUACGCGGCUCUCAGCUGUGGACGCUUACCGGGCUGUGCGCUGCCAUGAACAUGACAGCGCCGGUUGCAUGGGCGGAUAACUACGUUACUCUGAUUUCGUUUUCUCUGGGCAGGCUGGGUGUAAACCCGCCCUACAAUGUGCCGAUCAGGCCCGGCAAUUUGCCAAGAUUCAGGAUUGCAAGGAUUCUCUCAAGGAAACGCUACUCAUUCUCGGGUUUUGUUCCGAACACCGAGUACAGCCCCGUCUGCAUCAGAGUGUGUGGAGCUGGCCAGGUUGUCAACCAGUACAAUCAGUGUGCACCCUUGCAGGGAUAAUAAUAUCGCGUGCAUCAUGAAUACUGGGAAAAGGUAGAGUGUCACAGUGCUCAGGACAUCCGGCGUCAACGUGGUGUCAUAAUUAUUGUGAUGUGUAAUAUUUGUGUGUGUCUGUGUGUACACACACUGUAUGAACUAUGCGCAUUAUAUUACUACAAAUUCAAUACUUCCUGGCUUUUCAAACGACCGCCAAUUUGGCCUUUAUGUUUCCAUAGGUACAGUGUAUUGGAUCUUCUCUGUUUUUUGAGUUUUUUCGCUUCUUUUUUUUUAUUCUUGCGCUGAUAUCGAAAAGGCUUCUUUGCCUCACAACAUGAUCGUGACCAGCUGGUUCUUCUGUAUCUUCUCUACAAAACUCUACAAGCUCCCCCCCCCCCCAUGCACCCACCCACCCCCCUCCCCCCAUGCACCCACCCACCCCCCUCCCCCCCAUGCACCCACCCCCCCCCCCUCCCCCCCCUAGGCCUGUCCGAAAAAUGUUCUGAAUUUUUGGGCAUUUUGGGGUACAUUUUGCAUUUUUCGAACAGGCCUAUGCCCCCCCCCCCCCCCCGCUGCGGAGAGAACGCUACAGUCGGCGACCAAAGGAAGGCAGGAGCGUGGGAAAUCAGCGCACUUCCUAUCCGAAGUCAACUUUUUUCUAAAUCCCCUAAUAGGUAUGUUCUGAGCAGCUCCUUUUCCCAACUGUGUUCACAAAUGAUCCACUCUCUCUCUCUCUCUCUCUCUCUCUCUCUAUUUAUCUAUCUACCUAGCUACACUAUGGGAGCGGUCCUCACCACAGAGAAAACAAAAAGCUGUAAGUUUCUUGAGUUAUCAAUCAUCCGGGAACGGUCAUAAUUAUCUAACUGAAGCAGGGUAUCUACCUUGCUACAUGUUUACAUCUACAAGGAUGUGCACGAUUAGGUUAAAGGUGCUGUCCGUGCAUAGCCGUUUCCAUCCCUCUCUUUUCACGUAGCAGUUCACCUCGCACAACUCUUUUAUUUUAUUUUUGUGUGCUGAUAUUGCUUAUGGAGACCACGA